AUGCCCGCAUCCCAAAAGCAACAACACUCACAACCGAAGGAUGAUUUAGGCAGGCAUCUGCGAUCUGCAUCCCCAGCUGUAAAGAGGCCGGCGUCUGAUAUGGGGGCCCAGGACCGAGAAGUAUACGCAAGCGAUGUUGAGAUGGGUGAAGGGCAAGCUUCUGGGUUCACGUCCGUCAAUUCGGACACGGCUCCAAACACAGACACCAAAGCGAAGCAACAGGACACCGGACUGAGACAUCGCGACAAGUCAGCCUCAAGUAGCCUUACGCAAGCCAGUGAUCCCCGUGCUGUUCAGCAACAAUCUGCAUCCGACAACAGCGGUAGUUCGACCUCGGAUUCCCUCAUCCCAAGCCCUUCAAACCAGUCGACAGCCGCCACAUCCUUGAAUGCCGAUGUUCCCCCAACAGCAACCUCAAUCCCGUCUAUUGACGAACAAAUUGUCAAGAUCACGCAACUUGCGCAGAGGGAGCUUCAAGAUGGCCAGAAGGGAUAUUUGAUAUCAACCAAAUGGCUUCAACGAGUUCAGGCACGUGGCUCGCACUCGGGCGAGACGGGAAAGAUAGACAAGUCAGCCACAGAAGGUGAAAUUGGACCGGUAGACAACUCAGACCUCGCCAUGGUCACCGAUGAGUCGAGCAGACUUAUGGACGAAGCUGGCGAGCCAUAUGUACCGCUUCGGCCCGGUCUUAACAUGGGUGAAGACUACGAAAUUCUCCCGCAAGACGCCUGGGAUUUGGUUAUUUCUUGGUAUGGCAUUUCUACAGACUCACCAAUUCUUACUAGAUAUGCCCAUAAUUCGAGUGCACCAGACGCUCUCCCCAAUGUGGUUUACGAGCUACAGCCGCCAGUCUUCUCCUUCCUUAAAAUUCCCGGCGAGCAUACGACUCAAACCCAACGGGAAAAGGAUCUCCCACCUCCGCGCAUGCUCUCGACCAGAACAAAACUGUUUAACGAUUGGCUGAAGGAAGGAAAAGCGCUGGUCAACAUUGACAUCAACACCAAAGUCAGGAUAUGGAGAAUACUUGGCGGGCUGAAGAGCUCCACUGCUUCGGGAAUACUCACCCCAGCCGCCUCGCGAAGUGUUUCCCCGGCCCCUGGUGCGGAAAUAGUCGCAAGUGCGGGCGACCGAAUGCUCCUGGAUGUGAACACAUUUAUUCAUCUUCAAAUGGGCGAGCAUCGAGAACUUCUUCCACAGACAGAUCAAACAGCGAAUCCCAAAUACAACGGGAGAUCGAUGAAUCUUGGUCUCGUUGGCCUCGGAAGGGAUGAUGUGAUCGCUUUAGAAGAACAAAAGCCAGGAAAAGACGAAUGGCCUAGUGAGAGUCCAAAAUUGAGUUUGAGUAAAGGGAUCAAGAACGCCACGAAAAAUCUCACUCCUAGUGGCAGAUCUAGCCCUGGCCCUGGGGUGAUGACUCGAGGACGGCAAAAGAGGGACCUCCGGCCACGGGGCAUCACCGGCCUAAGCAACCUUGGGAAUACUUGUUACAUGAAUUCGGCGUUACAAUGCAUCCGCAGUGUCGAAGAACUGACACAAUACUUCCUGCACGACCAGUGGAAGAAAGACCUUAACGUGGGAAACCCUCUGGGACAUCAUGGCGAGGUUGCCAAGGCAUAUGCCAGUUUGUUGAGCCAGAUUUACGAGGAAAAUGCCACCUCAACAAACCCCGGAAGAUUCAAAGCUACUAUUGGAAGAUAUGGAUCGAGCUUCUCCGGUUAUCAGCAACAGGAUUCGCAGGAAUUUUUGCUUUUCCUGCUUGAUGGCUUACAAGAAGACCUGAACCGCAUCCAUGACAAACCCUACAUUGAAAAGCCAGAUUCAACAGAUGAGAUGGUCCACAAUACGGCCGCUCUCAAGGCAUUCGCGGACAAGAACUGGGAAAUUUACAAAGCAAGAAAUGACUCUGUCAUCACUGAUCUGUUUGCGGGGAUGUACAAGUCUACCUUGACCUGUCCAGUGUGCAAGAAAGUUAGCAUUAUCUUCGACCCGUUUAACAAUCUCACGUUGCAGCUGCCAAUUGAGAACAACUGGCAAAAAGAAGUCCUGUAUUUUCCGCUUCACGGAUGUCCGUUUAGGGUCGACAUCGACAUCGACAAACACUCUAGCGUCAAAGCUUUGAAGGAGUUUGUGGCUUCAAGAACACAUGCUGAUGUGGAUCGUUUGCUGGUCGCAGAAUCUUAUAAGAAUAAGAUCUACAAGAUCUUCGACAACAACACAAUCAUCUCGGAAGCCAACAUUCAAGCCAACGAUAUCAUCUGCGUGUACGAACUGGAUUCCAUUCCAACCAACUACAAUCCGAACAAGGCCAAGAAGUUUUCGCUUUACACUAUUCGUGAUGGCGAAGACGACUUGGUGGAUACAGAUAGCCCUGAAGCAGACCGAUUACUUGUUCCAAUGUACAACAGAUUGGUCAAAAACCCGGGGCAACGGGUGGCGUCCAAACCAUUCUUUGGCCAACCAACAUAUCUCGUUCUCGGCCGUGAGGAUAGAGCAACGUAUGACGGUAUCUUGAAGAAAGUUCUCGGAAACGUUAUUGGAAUGACGACCAGGAAAAUACUUGAAGAUGAUAACACUGCUUCAGAUGACAGCGUGGGCACACCUGAGGGGUCCGACACCAUGGUGAUGACAGAUGACAUGUCGAGUUCCGGUUCGAACCAACCUACAGCUGCAUCCAUCCAAGGUGAAGACGGCAUUGUUGACGUUUCGAUGCGCGACGCCAGCCAAGCCCCAGAGACGACCUCCCAGUCAGCGGAGACGUCCAUCAAUGCUCUCCUUCGGCCCAAUUCUUCCAUUCCUCGCCCACUCCGGGGCCUUUUCAGCAUACGUGUCGCAUCCACCGGCGAAGGUAUUCCCACCGGCUGGAAUCAGAUUUCUGAGAGCGGGGAAUACAUCUUGGUUUCCAGCCGGAUUCCGAAAUCCGUGUCCCAUCGGCCGGUCAAGUUUAGUGGCUCCAUGAGACUGAGUAACGACGAUAGUGACUCCGGAACUAGUGAGGGUGAGCUUCAAGACCUCGAACAGGAUGACACUACCGUUGGCAGCAAUGAUUCCGGCUCCGAGUCAAAUGCCAGCCCCGCGCUACCUUCUGGUCCCGACUCUGACCCCGAGUUGUCAGAAGCACGAGAAAUCCUGGAAGUCCGAAGCUCCAAGAAAGCUCAGAGACACAGAAAUAAGGGCAAGAACUUGGGCAAGCGGAAUCAACACCGAUCGCCUCCGCCGCCUCCACAGCCGCUUCCCAAAGGUGAGAGUGGAGAGUUGAUUCGACCUGGUGAAGCUAUCGUCCUGGACUGGAAACCAGAAGCAUUUGAUGCCUUGUUUGGAGGUUCAGUUGAUGACCAAAAUGACCUGCGUGGGAGCCCUACCUGGAAGGGUGUGGAAUUGCUUCACGAUGAAGAAGUCCUGGCCAAACGGGCACAACGAACCAAUCGUAAGAAGAACGGUAUCACGUUGGAAGACUGCUUGAACGAAUUUGGCAAAUCGGAAACAUUGUCCGAGCAAAACGCGUGGUACUGCCCUCGAUGCAAAGAGCACCGACGAGCUGAUAAGAUGUUUGAGUUGUGGAAAGCACCGGACAUUCUUGUCAUGCAUCUCAAGCGCUUCAGCUCUAACAGAAACUUCAGAGACAAGCUUGAGGUGAAAGUUGAGUAUCCCACAGAAGGACUUGAUCUCUCGGCGAUGGUGCGGGAUCAACAAGACGGCAGGAGCUUGAUAUAUGAUCUAAUUGCGGUUGACAACCACUAUGGCGGCCUGGGAGGUGGUCAUUAUACCGCUUAUGCAAAGAACUUCUUCAACAACAGCUGGUAUGAAUAUAAUGACUCCCACGUUUCAGCCAGAUCAGAUCCGCGAACAUUGGUGACCAGUGCGGCAUACCUCUUAUUCUAUCGCAGACGAUCAGAUCACCCUUUAGGCGGGCCAAGAUUGCAAGAAAUCCUGAGCACGACCAAUCAUGCCGAAGCCGACUCUGAAUUACUACAAGAAUCUCGCGACUCUUCACCCGUGACGGGGGAAGGUCAGCGUCUCGGCGACUCCUCCCACAAUGGGUUGUCGAGCGCUUUCACAGUCGGUCAAGGUCACCGCGUGGGAGCGGGUGGCUCGGCAAUGGAAGAAGAAAGUCAGAGUCGAGGUCUACUAGCCGGAACCGAAAGUCCACCGAGAUUGAUGGAGCACGGAGCCAAUGAUGAAUUGCCCGAGUAUGAUGCUACUCUAGCCGAGGACGAGGGCAUCGAGAUGAACUACAGCCUUCCCGCCCAACCAUGGAGACAAUCUUGGAAAUUUGGAACCGUGGGGAUGAACCAACGCGUACCAGCGCCUUCGGAGGAAGACGGCAUGUUUGGUGACCGCGGCAGUUCUAACUCAAGCACGAGGGUAGAGGGCAAUACAGGAAGCCCCGCGCAGAGUUUACUGAUGGAUGACAAUGAUGGAUUGAAUGAUCCAAUCUACAGUGAACCGGCUAUGAACGAGGAAUACGGUAGCCGAAGCAUGAGGGAGAGCGCGCCUCCUCCCGAAGUACCUGGCAUGGUAAAUGACGAUGAGAAUGACCUACCAGUGAUGGAGCUUCAGGCUGACCCGGCGAAUAAUAACGAGCUCACAUUUAACCAGGCGGCCAAAUAA